AUGUUGAACGGAACGUCAAAGUACAGUUCUUUGACGACAUUGGCUAACAAUUGCAAAACCGGUACGAGGAAAGGUACAGUUGAUAAUGCAAAAACAAUAAGUUCAUCCUUAUCAAUGUUGGGUACAAAAGUUAGAGAUUUUGUUGAGGAAAAAAUAAUCCUUUGUCAACCGGAUAAUGUUCACAUAUGUACCGGUUCACAUUUGGAAAAUGAAAAUUUAUUAAAUUUAAUGAAAGAAAAAGGAGUCAUUGAACCAUUACCCAAAUAUAAAAAUUGUUAUCUAGCUAGAACGAAUCCAAAGGAUGUGGCUAGAGUUGAAAGCAAAACAUUUAUUUGCACAAAAGACAAAUAUGAAACGGUUCCACAUACAAAAGAUGGCGUCCAAUGUACUUUGGGCAAUUGGAUCUCUUAUCAAGAUUAUAACAAAGCCGUUCAAGAACGUUUUCCUAAUUGUAUGAAAGGUCGAACAAUGUACGUCAUACCAUUUUCAAUGGGACCCGUUGGAAGUCCUUUAUCGAAAAUAGGAAUUGAAAUAACGGAUUCUCCAUAUGUCGUGGCAUCAAUGAGAAUAAUGACACGAAUGGGAACGCCGGUAUUAAAUUUUCUAAAUGAAACAAAUCAAGAUUUUGUUAAAUGUUUACAUUCUGUUGGAAAUCCAAUAUCGGGCGUUCACGAACGUGAGUCAUGGCCGUGCGAUCCGGAUAGAACCAUAAUACUACAUAAACCGGAUGAAAAUGAAAUCAUAUCGUAUGGAAGUGGAUACGGUGGAAAUUCACUUUUAGGAAAAAAAUGUUUUGCAUUGAGAAUAGGAAGUACGAUUGCAAGACGUGAAGGAUGGCUUGCAGAACAUAUGUUGAUAUUGGGAAUAACUAAUCCUCAAGGUGUUAAAAAAUACAUAGCGGCAGCUUUUCCGAGUGCUUGUGGAAAAACAAAUUUAGCCAUGAUGACUCCAACGAUUCCAGGAUAUAAAGUUGAAUGUGUCGGUGAUGAUAUUUGCUGGAUGAGAUUUGAUAAUAAAGGAAAAUUGCGGGCAAUUAAUCCUGAAGCUGGAUUUUUUGGUGUGGCACCAGGAACUUCUUUAAAAACAAAUCCAAAUGCAAUGCAUACAAUAUUUGAAAAUACAAUAUUUACAAACGUUGCAAAAUCGGAAGAUGGUGGCGUGUAUUGGGAAGGAAUGGAUGAUAUUCCUAAAAAUGCAACAGACUGGUUAGGUAAACCUUGGACAGAUGAUUGCGGAAGAAAUGCUGCUCAUCCGAAUUCCAGAUUUUGUUCACCCUGCGGUCAGUGUCCCAUAAUUGACAACGAAUGGGAAAAUCCAAACGGAGUUGAAAUUUCAGCGAUUCUUUUCGGUGGAAGAAGACCAGAAGAAAAAGGCGUACCAUUGAUUUAUGAAUCAUUCGAUUGGGAACAUGGAGUUUUUAUCGGAGCUUCCAUGAAAAGUGAAUCUACGGCAGCAGCAGAACACAAAGGUAAAGUCGUAAUGCACGAUCCUUUCGCCAUGAGACCAUUUUUCGGUUAUAAUUUUGGUCAUUAUUUAAGUCAUUGGUUAUCGAUGAGUAAAAGAAGUGACAAACCAUUACCCAAAAUAUUUCACGUUAAUUGGUUUAGAAAAGAAAAUGGUAAAUUUUUAUGGCCGGGAUUCGGUGAAAAUUCCAGAGUUCUCGAAUGGAUUCUUCGAAGGAUAGAUGGCGACGAAUCAAUAGCAAAGACAACACCCAUAGGAAUCAUUCCAGAAAAGGAUUCCCUUAAUUUGAACGGGUUAAAAGAAAAAAUCGAUCAAGAAAAAUUAUUUUCCCUUUCGAAAACGUUUUGGUUGAACGAAUGUGAAGAAUUAGGAAAAUAUUUCGAUGAACAAAUAGGAUCGGAUUUACCGGAUGAAAUAUCAAAACAACUUAAAAAUCUACGCGAAAGGGUAGAAAAAAUGCCGGAUGAUAAAUAA